GUUUAUGGAGAUGUAUAUAAAGAUAAGAAGUUUUUUACCAAAACUUACCCAUGGCUUAUAGAUAACAUUGGAGGAGAGGUUGUGGUCGAUUAUUACCUUUUAGGCAGUGGCAGGUACACAGUACCACAAAUGUGUGCACUCAAUGAAUUGAGGCUUAAUACAUUUCUUCAGGCGCAGUUCCUGAAAUGUGAAGCUGAAGGUAAUUCUAACGAUGUUUGUAUAUGCAAUACCGGAUUGGACACCGAAAGGUUAAAACAUUGCAUCAUAACUAAAGGGUCUCUGGCAAGUUUCGCUGCUUCGAAAUACCACCAAAUGGGUAUAGAUGCGAGUCCUGUUAUAGAAAUCGGACCUAGGAAUACGAUAUUUGAAGUUGAAGACAAUUGGUAUUUAAAGAAGAUCUGUACAAUAUUCGGCGAUAAUCAACCAAGGGGCUGUAUCAAGCCAUUUGCUUGUAAUAAUACAAAUACUGAAUAUGAUAUGACGUGGCCUAAUCAUAUUGAUUGUACAAAAUGUCAGCCUAAUUAUUCACCAUCUACAACGACAACGACACCUACAACUGCUGAUACAAUAUUUUCGUAG